UACCUUGAUUUCCUUGCGUGGAUACCGACAUUGACUGCCUCGUUCGUUUUUGUUUUCAUUCUAUGCUAUAUUUUAAACGAAUUCUAGCUAUAACUAUACGCUAUUCGAACGCUUUUUCUAUUAUGUAUAAAUCUAAAUUGCCUAAAUAAAUUUAGCAAAUCUGGAUGUGUUUAGUGAAACAAUGAUAACCGCCUCGGAACCUUUGGAAUUUAUUCCACGGGGUCGUCAGGCGGUGGACGAGCAUCCAGGCCCCUUGGUGUUGAAAAAACCGGUAACGGUCCCGUCCGAUUUUAUUCUGCUGCAGCGGAUGCAGGAUGUAAACAUUUCGUUGGACGAAAGCCCUACCGAAUUUUACAUGGUGCGAGAAGUUUACAGUGAGCUAGAACAUGACACUGGAUGCCCAGGUUUUUUAUUGGAAGCCAAUAUAAACACCGAGGAAGAGUUGUACGUGAAAGGCAAUACGGCAGUUUGGACGAAAGCAGUCAAUGGCGAACAAGCAGCUCCGCAUACUUGUUUAACUUGCGAAAAUACAAUCAAGUUUGCAUUUUUCGGGCCAGCUGAAUUUUUCUGUUCCGAUGAGCUAGAAGAGAAGCGUACAAAAAGGCAUAACCCUAAAGUUACGAAAACCGGAGUGUGUUUAUUGGACGGAAACACACUCAAAGUUUAUUGUAGUAAUGGCGAGAAUUUUAUUACCAGUGUUGAGUGUCCGAUUUCAAACGUUUGGGUGACGAAGCGUGGUAUUCUGCUUGAAAAGGAAUCUUCCAGCUCUAUGUUGGAUGCGCAUUCAAUUCCAAUGCCACGGUUGUUUUCGUUGACUCACCCGUUGGAUGAGAUGUGCCCUGUUUUAAUAAAAAUGAGUACCGCAACGGUCUAUUUGACGGAGGCUGAAUACCGUGUGGUUUUUUGUUGCGAAGAGAAUGAUUUAGUAUUGAUGUUUGAUGGAAAAACCGGAAAACAUUUUGUCUGUCUUCUUCGCAAAGCCACCGAUAAUGAGAAGAACUCCGUUGGAUGCGAUAACGACAGCGUGCACAACUCAUAUAGUGCCUUCAAUGUUAGUAGUAGUAGUAUAUAUCAGCAUACCACUCCUUUACCGGUUGCUAAUACACCUCAACCGUUAUACAAAAGCUCUCUUCUAGCUCGCCAUAGUGCAUCAACUACUGGGCGGCAUAGUCUGGGAGCAACGUUCAAUAGUCCGUACGUUAGCAAUAUACCAACCGGACUGACCAGUUCAUUUAAUUUGAAUGUCACCGGCCUUGGUUCAGCUAAUCGUAGUCAUCUGCCGUCUCAGUCACAACUUAGUUUCCCAACCCCUCUGUCGAAGUUACAAUCUUCGUUGGGAGCAUCAAUCUCACUACUGGAUGUUAGAAAGAUUGGACAAGCCGAACCUUCCAAACCGAUUAUCCCCGAGUAUUGCUUGGAACAUUUGUGGACUGAUCAUUCGAACGCUCGCAAUGAUCUUCGCGAAGUGGCUUCAACUGGAUUUUUGCACAUAGAUAUUGUCGAUCACUACUACCUGUGUUAUCUUUUGCCUCGUUCGGAAAUAUUGAAGCUGGUACGAUGUAAUAGGAACUUUUCGGGCACUAGCGCGAUAUCUUCAAGCGCUGUACCAGUACACAUUCCAGCUAAAAGCGCAGUUUCACUUAAGCGUCUAAAUAUGAUUGCAGUUCUAGCACCUUGCGGAACAUUAAUGCUGUACACAGGACCGGUUCAAGUGGGCAAAGUACAUGUAGCUGGUAUUCUGAGUAGCUUCGUCACAUCCAGUGCACUAAGUAAUUCUUUUGGUAGCUCUCAAGGAUUUCCACGACGCAGCAGUUUAUUGCCAUCGGCAGUCGCUCAAGCGGAGUCCCGUUUUGACGAAGAAUUACAUAUGCUCUCCCCGGUGCAGCCCUUACAACCAGCAUCCAAUUUGUUGUCCUCCGCUCGAUUGAAUAACUGCCAGAGUGUAAGAGAUGGAACAGGAAAUCGAUUGACGCUAGUAUUUUCCAGUGAAAAAAUGUUCCGAAUGUCGCUGCCGGUAAUGAGUGAAUCUCAGUUGAUGUCGCGCUGUUUGUUGGCACUGCGGGAAGCACUCCCGAAGAAAAUAGCUUUAGAGCUUCUGAUUCGGUGGUAUGGUACGAGAAACGCGCCCGGAUCAAAGGAUUUUAGUGGUAAUCGCGAAUGGGAAAUUUUUCGGGCCAUGCUUUUCCAGCACAUGGGUAGACCAUUUCUUCCGCCUGAGAAAAGUCCACUGAACAAAUCUAACUCUAAAUCGUCGUUUGAUGAACCGAAAAAAAGGCGCAAGAGUGAGAAUUGUCGUGGAAGUGACAAUGAUUGGGAAUUUCUAUCGAAACAUGGAGACAUACAAACAGUUGACGAGCAAGGAUCUGAAUCCGCUGAAUUAGGAGCUUACAACUCGGACAAGUUUUUAUUUGAAUACAUCCCAAAAAUCUUAACAACGCUUCAUUUAGUUUACGAAGAUAUGAAAUUGGAUCCUUUGCUAAAAAGCGAGCUUAAACUGCUUGGAGCGUUCUUAUAUGAAAUUGCACUUGAUCUCAAAGUUGAGAAAUUUCAACUACAUUAUUAUCUUGACUUUCCACAUUUGAUUAGUCUUCGCUCUUACUGCUUUGUUACGAAGCAGGAUACCGCGAAGUUUGUUAAUGUAGCAGAACAUGAAUAUGAAGACAUUCCAAACAUAUUCCAAUACGUUCAUUCGUUGAUUGCAUAUUCUGGGAACCAGUUUUCAACUCCGUUCCCCUGCUUUGAUAAUAUUAAUAAUCGCACUAGAGACGUUAUUCUUAUUGUUGCUUAUUUGUAUCGUACCAAAGGGCUUACAACAUGGAUAGCAGAACAGUUGGAAAAACUCUUAGACAAUUCAAAUCUUCUUGUGACCGACGACGUGGAUAUGACAAUGGCCAACGUCGUAAUGCAAGUACUGAUUAAACGUGGAUAUAACCGUUUGAAAAUAGAAAAACUACCCAUAAGCAUCCACUAUUUAAUCGCUCAAUUUCUGGAAACGAAUCGUAAUAAACCGUUGAACAUCUACGAAGCCGAGGUCUACGAGUUGCUCCUCAGGCCAGAGCUACUAGCACAUGUCACUUUUGACGCCCAGAUCCAAUCGAUUCGGACGAAAAAAACAGCAAGUGGUUUAAAAGAGCAAUCUUUAUCGCUCCGACGCAAGCCACAGCCGGAGGUAAUUCCAAAACACGAAGCUAAACAAGAGGAAAGCGGAUUGGAGAACAUGGAUACAAAAUUAUUGAGAUUGAGAUUUCCGGAUGAUUUGAGGAUCAAUGACGUGAAAUCGUUUCUCAACAGUUCCCAGUCGGUGACAAUAGAUAUCGUUCAGGCUCCUAAUGUUUCAGAUCAUGAAUUCAUCGAAGAACAAGAAAAACAACUAUACGCACUGUGUAUCCGUACGAUGGCUCUGCCUCUUGGCCGUGGUAUGUUUACGUUGAGAACUAGUCGACCAACCGCAACACAAAUCUUACCGAUUCCAAAGCUGUGUCUCACUGGAAAAGAAAUACAUCGUGGUGCAACUAUUGAAAUUCAGCAGUUAGAAGUGCCUCCAAACAUGAAUCUGUGGCCAACGUUUCAUAAUGGCGUUGCCGCCGGGUUGCGAAUUUGCUCCGAUACUCCAGACAUAGAUUCGACCUGGAUUACCUACAACAAACCAAAAGGAUCUGCUGAAAUACCGACGGAACACGCUGGAUUCUUGAUGGCGCUUGGUUUAAACGGUCACUUAAAAACGCUUUCAUUCAUGAGUAUCUACGAAUAUUUAGUGAAAUGUGAUGAAAUGACCAGUUUAGGAUUAUUGCUUGGAAUCUCCGCAACUCAUCGUGGCACAAUGGAUACAAAAACAACUAAAUUGUUGAGUGUCCAUAUCGAGGCUUUGUUGCCACCAACAGCUGUGGAGCUGGACAUUUCGCAGAACAUUCAAGUAGCCUCGAUAAUGGGUAUCGGCCUUGUUUACCAAGGUACUGCUAAACGCCACAUAGCGGAAGUACUGCUACAGGAAAUCGGCCGACCACCAGGGCCUGAAAUGGAAAAUUACGUGGAACGUGAAUCCUAUGCCCUAACAGCAGGGUUAGCUCUAGGGUUGGUAACACUGGAACAGGGUGAAAAAUCAACCGCACUACGCGACUUGGACAUUCCUGACACUCUUCAUUAUUACAUGGUCGGUGGCAAUAAACGUCCUUUGAUAGGAGCUCAGAAGGAGAAAUAUAAAUUGCCAUCAUUCCAAAUUAAAGAAGGAGACACGGUAAAUAUCGACGUGACAGCUCCUGGGGCUACUUUAGCUCUCGGUUUAAUGUACUUUCGCACAAACAACGAAGCUAUUGCAAACUGGAUGAAACCGCCGGAUACAACCUACUUGCUCGAUUUCAUUCGUCCUGAUUUGCUAUUGCUUCGAAUCGUGGCCAGGAAUCUAAUCUUGUGGAAUAGUAUUGAUGCUUCUACCGAAUGGGUCUACAGUCAAAUACCGCAAACGUUAUCAGAACUAAUAAAGAACCGCCUCCAGACCGAUGAACUACAACAGCCAACUGAUUAUGAAGCACAAUGCCAGGCUUACUGCAAUAUCGUUUGUGGCGCUGCUAUAUGUAUUGGACUGAAAUACGCUGGAUCUGCAGACGAGCGUGCUUUUAGUACUCUAAACUAUCUACUGAAAUACUUUUUAGAAGUCCACGGUCGUCCAUUCGGAGAUUAUGCUGGCAAACAAACUAUAGAAAAUUGCACCAUUAUGAUUCUUCUAUCAGUAUCCAUGGUGCAGGCUGGAACCGGCGAUGUUCGAGUUUUGAGAAUUAUUCGCAUGCUUCGUUCUCGUUUUGGUCAGUGCCACGUAACGUAUGGAUCUCACAUGGCUAUUCAUAUGGCGCUGGGUUUUCUAUUUCUUGGUGCCGGUCGAUUCACACUAUCUCGAUCUCCGGAAUCAGUUGCAGCAUUGAUUUGUUCGAUUUUUCCAAAGUUCCCGACUCACAGUAACGACAACCGGUAUCACUUGCAGGCAUUCCGCCAUUUGUACGUGCUGGCGGUAGAACCUCGAUUGUUUCUUCCACGAGAUAUAGACAGUGGCAAACUGUGCCUCUGUGAGAUUCAUUACUUAGAAAAAGGAAAAAGUGAACCCGUGAAACUUCUAGCCCCGUGUAUGUUACCGGAACUCCGUACGCUCAGUAAAGUGUAUGUAAACGAUCCUAACUACUGGCACGUAUAUUUUGACCAAGAAAAUUGGGAGAGUUUAAAGAACAUACUGAGAGCCAGCGGAUGCAUCGACAUCAAACAACGUGCUGGUUGUUUGUCAUACCUAGAAGAUCCUAAUCGACUCAAAUCCAUGCUCAGUCACACGUUAACUACAGACAAGUAUAAUUCAUGGAAAAUCGAUGCUAAUAAUCUACUCGCGUUUUCGACGGACCAACGGAUCUCAAACAUUGCUACAAAGUUUCUACUGCUACCAAACCGUAACGAAAUUGAUGAAAUCGAAUUGGUUUCUUCUUCCGAACAAAAUAUCAUCCAAAUAUUGGUACUACAGACUUACUACUGCCUAACACAUGACAAAAUGCACGGAUUGUCUAUAUUCAUGAAUUUAAUGAACCUAAUAAUCAACUUCGACACAAGUUGCAAUAAUUCGGAGCUGUGGCAGUUUCGAAUUCUGGCAGCUAUCAUAGCUCGACGAAAAGCUAUCGCAGAAGCUGAUUUGCUGUUAUCACAAGAUAUGCUUCAAUCCUUGAUUGAUCGUAUAUGUAUGAAAAUGGAAGACCUAAUGAGAGAAUGUUCACAUUUGAUUCGUUCAUGUAUCAUUGGAAUACCUGAGGAACAUACCCUUACCGAACUACUGUCCAAAAUAGGUUCGGAUGAUCAGCUUCGCGUUGCCAAGCUAAUUAUGUUUUACGAUCUGCCUAUUGUGAUGCUCAAGAAGGAUAUACUGAGGUAUCUGGGUGAAACAGAUUUCCUACAAUUCGUUUUUGGAUUUAAGCAGUAUCCAAAACUUUCAACGCGAACGAUUUGUUGUAUAGCUGAUAUGAUUGGACUUACAAAAUGAUACGAGCGUUGUUAACCGUAAGUGCUGUGUUUCACGCAUUAAAGUGAGAUAUUGAGAAAUGGUAUCUAUAAUAUUA